GUUGUUGUUGUGACGUCAUGCUCGGUGGUAUAAAGGUGACGUUUCUUACGUGAUGGGGCGCGUGUUUCUGUGACAGCAGCUGCAGACUGCACGCGCUCUGUUGUCACCACCUUGUCCUCUGGAGGGGCGGGAGUCUCUAAUCUAUACAAGCUGCCCCGCACCGGGACUCCCGCGGACUCCGGACCGGCCUGCAGCUACAGCACACAGGCCGCCUGGCUGCCAGGCACCAAUGUCCCGCUCACCGCUCCAGUUCCACAACGGGGGCGAGCCGCAGUCCAUGAAGAACGGCCUGGAGGAGGAGGAGGAGGAUGAGGAGGGAGAUCUGGACGACGAGGUGGACGCUUCCCACCUGGAGAGGUUUAUGAAGGACAGGAGGAGAGCCCAGUCUCUGCCCGCCUACCCGACGGCGCUCCUGGACGGCGUCCCCGGGAGCAACGAGAGGAAGCGGGUGAAGUUCGCCGACUCCAUGGGCCUGAACCUGGCCAGCGUCAAGCACUUCAGCUCGCUGGAGGAGCCGCAGAUCCCGAGCAAAGUUCUGUCCAGACACAAGAGCUUCCCGCCGCAGCAGCAGGACUUUCUGAACGACCUGUGCCAGAGCUUCAAGUCCAGCUUAUACACGGACCGGUUGGUGUCCUGCUUCCCGGAGCCCCGGGAGGUGGAGCGGAGAGUCCAGCAGCUCCACGUCUGCCUGGAGAGGGUCACCAUCACGCAGUUCGACGUGCGGGGGCAGAUCCGGGUCCUCACCGGCUGCAGCCACAAAGAGGUCGGGGUGAGGUACAGCUUUAACGACUGGCUGUCCUACGUGGACGCGCAGGCUCUGCCCGUGGCCGCGGAUCAGCCGGGCUUUGUGGGAGAGCGGUUCAGCUUCACCGUGUACACGCCGCCCGUCAUGGACCCCACAUCGGCCGUGCACUUCGCCGUGUACCUGAAGAGUGUGGAGGGGGAGUUCUGGGACAACAACGAGGGGCAGAACUACACCCUCAGGUACCACUGCAUGCCCAGCACCGCACCUUUUGUCAGCGCCGCCUUCCACGCCACCUGAGCGGUGCGCAAAGCCCCGCGCGUAAAAGCUCUCCAUCCACGUGCUGAAGGAAAUUCUUUGAUAUGCAGCUGCUGAUUCUUCAUAUUCGGUCACGUGGAGGUCAGAGGACUCUGUCACACUCAGAGGAUCUGCUGUCUCUCACGGAUGUGGGAAGUUUUUCAAAAUAAAAACCAACCUACAGAUUUUUCCUGGCUGUGACUCUGUGGAGAUUUUUAAAGGAUCGAAACACAAAACGACUUCACACUCUUCAAACCUGUUUGAUAAAUCCUGAACAGUCUGAAAUCAGUCAGACCAGCUGUGGACCUUGAAAUCUCUGAUUUGAAUUCAGCCGAUUGUAAUAAUUCUAAUAAUGAAUCGAGGAUGUGAUGAAUGUUUUUGUGAUCUCAUCAAAUAAAAGUUGAUUUCAUAAAUGAA